AUGAAGCUCCAACCCCUACUGCUUGGUUUGUCAGCUCCCUUGGCAUUUCAAUCCGUACAUGCAGCGAGUAAUGGUGACGCGACUCCUUAUCGUCCUAUUCCAACCAACGCGCCGAAGACAUGGGUUCAUCCAGGAGUUUUCGUCUCCGGGCCACAGCUCGACUACAUUGCCAAGAAGAUCAAGGCUAGGAAGGAUCCUUGGAAGGAAGCAUUGGAUUCCAUGCUUGACACGUCGCUUAUGUCGCCUACGCGAACGGCUGAGCCAUAUGAGACAAUCGAGUGCGGACCGACAUCGACCCCAAACAUUGGGUGUUAUCAGGAGCGCGAGGAUUCCAUGGCUGCAUACAUGAACGCAUUGGCAUGGUGGGUUACGAAAGAUAAGCACUAUGCUGAGAAAUCAAUUCAUUAUAUGAAUGCCUGGUCUGGCACGAUCCAUGGUCACAACAACACCAACGCACUACUGCAGGCGGCCUGGUCAGCCGCUAAUUGGAAGAGUAUCAAGACCUUUUCUGACAUGCUACGACACGCCUACAUCCCCCUCAUUGAGAACGGCGCCCCGAAGAAGAACGGAAACUGGGAACUAGGAGCCGCUGUCUUCCUUGAAGAUGCAGCGCUGUACGAAAAGUCCUUGGAGUUGUUCUCCGCUCGGGUUCCUGCGUAUAUCUAUUUGACUACUGAUGGGAAGUAUCCCGUGCAAGGUCGUGGUGGGAUCAAUACCACCGCGGAGAUUAUCAAAUACUGGCAGAAUCAAGAUACCUUCCCAAUUAGUGGCAUCACACAGGAGACCUGCCGAGACUUUGCCCAUACCAGCUUUGGCAUCUCAUCCAUCUCUCACAUCGCCGAGACACUACGUAUUCAAGGCAUGGACGUGUGGAAAUCCACGGACGUUGGUGUGCGUGUGAAGGCGGCCCUCGAGUUACACACUGCACUGGAUUCAAAACAGAAACCCAUCCCUAAGUGGCUGUGCAAUGGUACUAUUCCCGACAACAUGGUUCCAAGUUAG